AGACGACACAGAGAAAGUGAUGGAGAGAGACAGAAGAAUAGAUUUCCAGACAGUUGUAGAAUGUAUUCCAAGGCACAUUGUAAGAGCUGUAAAGAGAGAGGGAGAGAGAACAGGCAGAACCUGAUAUGUAAAUGAGCAGAGCAAAUGAAAGUAACUUUUGACGACCUGAUGAUCAUUCAGACUCUGUUUCUAUUGAGAGAUAAAAGUGCUCUAAAAUGAGUCUCUCUAGGGAGAGAGAGGAUGGGAGCCCUGACUCUAAAAUGAGUCACUCUGGGGAACAUGUCAUCAAAACUAAGAGCCAAAUCAAGCAGGAGAGAACCGCCUCCCCUGUUCCCAGCUGUGUGUCCAUGAAGAGUGACCGGUCUAUUAGUCAACCUCUAAACUUUAGAGAGGGAGACUUUUCUACUGAACAAAGAAACCGACAGGAGAGAUCAGAGUCAGAGAUUCUCAGUGGUCAGUCUUCCCAGAGUCAUCAAACAGACCUGGCCUCCAUAUUCAGUUUGCUUGAAGAGAAAAUUAUGACAUUUGUGAAGAACGAGCUGAAGAUAUUCAAGAGGAUUCUUAGUCCAGAACUCCCAGAAGGCUUUGAGAGUCAAAAGCAGAAUAAGGAAGUGGUGGAUGCUGAAGAUGAGAAGCAGGAGAGCAGUGCCAGAGAGGGGGCUCUGAAGAUCACACUGCACAUCCUGAGGAAAAUGAACCAGAAGGAGCUUGCUGACACACUGGAGAAAUAUUCAGAUGAGCUUGCUGUGAUUUGCCAACGUGAACUCAAAUCUAAUCUCAAGAAGAAGUUUCAAUGUGUAUUUGAGGGGAUCGCUAAACAAGGAAACCCAACACUUCUCAAUAAGAUCUACACAGAGCUCUACAUCACAGAGGGUGGAACAGGAGAGGUCAAUAAUGAACAUGAGCUGAGACAGAUUGAGACAACAACCAGGAAACAAGCAAGACCAGAGACUGCAAUCAAAUGUAAUGACAUCUUCAAGCCCUUAACUGGACAAGACAAACCUAUCAGAACUGUGCUGACAAAGGGAGUCGCUGGCAUUGGAAAAACAGUCUCUGUGCAGAAGUUCAUUCUGGACUGGGCUGAAGGAAAAGCAAAUCAGGAUGUCCAAUUUGUAUUUUCAUUCCCUUUUCGGGAGCUGAAUUUGAUGAAAGAGGACAAACACACUUUCAUUGAACUUCUCAAACACUUCUCAAUGGAAACCAAACAAUCAAGAAUCUCUAACUACAACAACUACAAAGUUCUGUUCAUCUUUGAUGGUCUGGAUGAGUGCCGACUGCCCCUAGACUUCCAGAAGAACAAGAUCUGUUGUAAUGUCACAGAGUCAACCUCAGUGGAUGUUCUGCUGACAAAUCUCAUCAAGGGAAAUCUGCUUCCCUCUGCUCUCCUCUGGAUAACUACCCGACCUGCAGCAGCCAAUAAGAUCCCUUCAGGGUGUGUUGACCAGGUGACAGAGAUACGAGGGUUCAAUGACCCACAGAAGGAGGAGUACUUCAGGAAGAGAUUCAGUGAUGAGGACCUGGCCAACAGAAUCAUCUCACACAUAAAGACAUCAAGGAGCCUCCACAUCAUGUGCCACAUUCCAGUCUUCUGUUGGAUUUCUGCAACAGUCCUUGAACACAUGCUGAAACAUAAGAGAGAAGUGAUGCCCAAGACUCUGACUGAGAUGUACACACACCUUGUGGAGUUUCAUACCAAACAGAAGAAUGAAAAGUAUCUUGGGAAAGAAGAGACAGGUCCACACUGGAAUAAAGAGAGCAUUCUGUCACUGGGAAAACUGGCUUUUCAACAGCUUGUGAAGGGCAAUCUGAUUUUCUAUGAAGAAGACCUGAAGGAGGCUGGUAUUGAUGUCAAUGAAGCCUCAGUGUACUCAGGAUUGUGCACACAGCUCUUUAAAGAGGAAUGUGGGCUGUACCAGGACAAGGUGUACUGCUUUGUUCAUCUGAGCAUUCAGGAGUUUCUGGCUGCUGUAUAUGUGUUCCUCUCAUUCAUCAACAACAAUGAGAAUCUAAUAGACGAACCUCAAUCAAUAUUCAGAUUAUUUUCGUCGCUCUUCAGAGACAAGCCUGAAGUUACUGUCUACAAGAGUGCUGUGGAUAAAGCCUUACAAAGUGAGACGGGAAACCUGGACCUUUUCCUCCGCUUCCUUCUGGGCCUCUCACUGGAGUCCAAUCAGAAGCACUUACAAGGUCUACUGACAAAGACAGGAAGCAGCUCACAGAGCCAUGAAGAAACAGUCAAGUACAUCAAGGAGAAGAUCAGGGAGAAUCUCUCUCCAGAGAGGAGCAUCAAUCUGUUCCACUGUCUGAAUGAACUGAAUGACCAUUCUCUAGUGGAGGAGAUCCAAAGAUACCUGAGAUCAGGAAGUCUCUCAAAACCCAACCUGUCACCUGCACAGUGGUCAGCUCUGGUCUUUGUGUUGCUGACUUCAGAAAAGGAGCUGGAUGUGUUUGACCUGAAGAAAUACUCCAGAUCAGAGGAAGGUCUUCUGAGGCUGCUGCCAGUGGUCAAAGCCUCCAGAGCUGUUCUGCUGUCAGGCUGUGGAGUCACAGAGGAAGGCUGUGCUUCUCUGGUCUCAGCUCUGGAGUCAAACCCCUCACACCUGAGAGAGCUGGACCUGAGUAUCAACGACCUGAAGGAUUCAGGAGUGAAGCUGCUCUCUGCUGGACUGGGGAAUCCCCACUGUAAACUGGAGACUCUGAGGCUGUCAGGCUGUCUAGUUACAGAGGAAGACUGUGCUUCUCUGGUCUCAGCUCUGAGGUCAAACCCCUCACACCUGAGAGAGCUGGAUCUGAAUAACAAUGACCUGAAGGAUUCAGGAGUGAAGCUGCUCUCUGCUGGACUGGGGAAUCCCCACUGUAAACUGGAGACUCUGAGGCUGUCAGGCUGUCUAGUCACAGAGGAAGGCUGUGCUUCUCUGGUCUCAGCUCUGAGGUCAAACCCCUCACACCUGAGAGAGCUGGACCUGAGCUACAAUCACCCAGGAGACUCAGGAGUCAGACUGCUCUCUGCUGGACUGGAGGAUCCACACUGCAGACUGGAGAAACUCAAUGUGGAACAUGGUGGAGAGAACAGAAUGAAACCUGGACUUAGAAAAUAUGUCUGUGAUCUCACACUGGACCCAAACACAGUAAACAGACUCCUCUCUCUGUCUGAGGAGAACAGAAAGGUGACAUGGAGGAGAGAGGAGCAGCCGUAUCCUGAUCACCCAGAGAGAUUUGAGGACUGUGACCAGGUGCUGUGUAGAGAGGGUCUGACUGGGCGCUGUUACUGGGAGGUGGAGUGGAGUGGGGGGGCUGUUAUAGGAGUGACAUAUAAAGGAAUCAGCAGGAGAGGAGGGGUUAAUGACUGUUGUCUUGGAUACAAUGACAAGUCCUGGAGUCUGAACUGCUCUGACAACAGUUACAUUGCCUGGCACAAUAAUAAUCCCACUACCAUAGACGUCCCCUCCUCCAGCUCCCACAGAGUAGGAGUGUAUCUGGACUGGCCAGCCGGCACUCUGUCCUUCUAUAGAGCCUCCUCUGACACACUGACCCACCUGAUUACAUUCACCUCCACAUUCACUGAGCCCCUCUAUCCAGGGAUUUGGGUUGAUUACAACUCCUCAGUGUCCCUGUAUGAGCCAAUCAGGACAGAUGACAACAGCAGGCCAUUGAAGCACUUAGAACAGCAGCAGCCAGUAGGAAAUGGUAGUGAAGAGGAUGAUGUAGGAGACCCAGACACAGACCAGGGGCUGUGGAGACCAAUCCAGCAGGAGAGACCAGCCUCCCCUGUUCCCAGCUGUGUGUCCAUGAAGAGUGACCAGUCUAUGGAUCCUCCUCUAAACUUUAGAGAGGGAGACUUUUCUACUGAACAAAGACCAAUCCAGCAGGAGAGACCAGCCUCCCCUGUUCCCAGCUGUGUGUCCAUGAAGAGUGACUGGUCUAUGGAACUUCCUAUACUGUUUAGAGAGGGAGACUUUUCUACUGAACAAAGAAACCAACAGGAGAGAUCAGAGUCAGAGAUUCUCAGUGGUCAGUCUUCCCAGAGUCAUCAAACAGACCUGGCCUCCAUAUUCAGUAUGCUUGAAGAGAAAAUGAUGACAUUUAUGAAGAACGAGCUGAAGAUGUUCAAGAGGAUUCUUAGUCCAGAACUCCCAGAAGGCUUUGAGAGUCAGAAGCAGGAUAAGGAAGUGGUGGACGCUGAAGAUGAGAAGCAGGAGAGCAGUGCCAGAGAGGGGGCUCUGAAGAUCACACUGCACAUCCUGAGGAAAAUGAACCAGAAGGAGCUUGCUGACACACUGGAGAAAUAUUCAGAUGAGCUUGCUGUGAUUUGCCAACGUGAACUCAAAUCUAAUCUAAAGAAGAAGUUUCAAUGUGUAUUUGAGGGGAUCGCUAAACAAGGAAACCCAACACUUCUCAAUAAGAUCUACACAGAGCUCUACAUCACAGAGGGUGGAACAGGAGAGGUCAAUAAUGAACAUGAGCUGAGACAGAUUGAGACAACAACCAGGAAACAAGCAAGACCAGAGACUGCAAUCAAAUGUAACAACAUCUUCAAACCCUUAACUGGACAAGACAAACCUAUCAGAACUGUGCUGACAAAGGGAGUCGCUGGCAUUGGAAAAACAGUCUCUGUGCAGAAGUUCAUUCUGGACUGGGCUGAAGGAAAAGCAAAUCAGGAUGUCCAAUUUGUAUUUUCAUUCCCUUUCCGGGAGCUGAAUUUGAUGAAAGAGGACAAACACACUUUCAUUGAACUUCUUAAUCACUUCUCAAUGGAAACCAAACAAUCAGGAAUCUCCAACUACAACAAGUACAAAGUUCUGUUCAUCUUUGAUGGUCUGGAUGAGUGCCGACUGCCCCUAGACUUCCAGAAGAACAAGAUCUGUUGGGACGUCACAGAGUCAACCUCAGUGGAUGUUCUGCUGACAAAUCUCAUCAAGGGAAAUCUGCUUCCCUCUGCUCUCCUCUGGAUAACUACCCGACCUGCAGCAGCCAAUAAGAUCCCUUCAUGGUGUGUUGACCAGGUGACAGAGGUACGAGGGUUCAAUGACCCACAGAAGGAGGAGUACUUCAGGAAGAGAUUCAGUGAUGAGGACCUGGCCAGCAGAAUCAUCUCACACAUAAAGACAUCAAGGAGCCUCCACAUCAUGUGCCACAUUCCAGUCUUCUGUUGGAUUUCUGCAACAGUCCUUGAACACAUGUUGAAACAUAAGAGAGAAGAGAUGCCCAAGACUCUGACUGAGAUGUACACACACCUUGUGGUGUUUCAUACCAAACAGAAGAAUGAAAAGUAUCUUGGGAAAGAAGAGACAGGUCCACACUGGAAUAAAGAGAGCAUUCUGUCACUGGGAAAACUGGCUUUUCAACAGCUUGUGAAGGGCAAUCUGAUUUUCUAUGAAGAAGACCUGAAAGAGUCUGGCAUUGAUGUCAAUGAAGCCUCAGUGUACUCAGGAUUGUGCACACAGCUCUUUAAAGAGGAAUGUGGGCUGUACCAGGACAAGGUGUACUGCUUUGUUCAUCUGAGCAUUCAGGAGUUUCUGGCUGCUGUAUAUGUGUUCCUCUCAUUCAUCAACAACAAUGAGAAUCUAAUGGACAAACUGCAAACAAAAGACGAGCCUGAAGUUACUGUCUACAAGAGUGCUGUGGAUAAAGCCUUACAAAGUGAGACGGGAAACCUGGACCUUUUCCUCCGCUUCCUGCUGGGCCUCUCACUGGAGUCCAAUCAGAAGUACUUACGAGGUCUACUGACAAAGACAAGAAGCAGGUCAAAGAGCCAUGAAGAAACAGUCAAGUACAUCAAGGAGAAGAUCAGGGAGAAUCCCUCUCCAGAGAGGAGCAUCAAUCUGUUCCACUGUCUGAAUGAACUGAAUGACCAUUCUCUAGUGGAGGAGAUCCAAAGCUACCUGAGAACAGGAAGUCUCUCUAGAGACAACCUGUCACCUGCACAGUGGUCAGCUCUGGUCUUUGUGUUGCUGACUUCAGAAAAGGAGCUGGAUGUGUUUGACCUGAAGAAAUACUCCAGAUCAGAGGAAGGUCUUCUGAGGCUGCUGCCAGUGGUCAAAGCCUCCAGAGCUGCUCUGCUGUCAGGCUGUGGAGUCACAGAGGAAGGCUGUGCUUCUCUGGUCUCAGCUCUGGAGUCAAACCCCUCACACCUGAGAGAGCUGGACCUGAGUAACAAUGACCUGAAGGAUUCAGGAGUGAAGCUGCUCUCUGCUGGACUGGGGAAUCCCCACUGUAAACUGGAGACUCUGAGGCUGUCAGGCUGUCGAGUCACAGAGGAAGGCUGUGCUUCUCUGGUCUCAGCUCUGAGGUCAAACCCCUCACACCUGAGAGAGAUGGACCUGAGCUACAAUCACCCAGGAGACUCAGGAGUCAGACUGCUCUCUGCUGGACUGGAGGAUCCACACUGCAGACUGGAGAAACUCAAUGUGGAACAUGGUGGAGAGAACAGAAUGAAACCUGGACUUAGAAAAUAUGUCUGUGAUCUCACACUGGACCCAAACACAGUAAACAGACGCCUCUCUCUGUCUGAGGAGAACAGAAAGGUGACAUGGAGGAGAGAGGAGCAGCUGUAUCCUGAUCACCCAGAGAGAUUUGAGGACUGUAGACAGGUGCUGUGUAGAGAGGGUCUGACUGGGCGCUGUUACUGGGAGGUAGAGUGGAGUGGGAGAAGGGCUGAUAUAGGAGUGACAAAUAAAGGAAUCAACAGGAGAGGGAGGGGUAUUGACUGUUGUCUUGGAUGCAAUGACAAGUCCUGGAGUCUGUUCUGCUCUGACAACAGAUACUCUGCCAGGCACAAUAGUCAUCUCACUCUCAUAGUCGUCCCCUCCUCCAGCUCCCACAGAGUAGGAGUGUAUCUGGACUGGCCAGCCGGCACUCUGUCCUUCUAUAGAGCCUCCUCUGACACACUGACCCACCUGAUCACAUUCACCUCCACUUUCACUGAGCCCCUCUAUCCAGGGUUUGGGGUUUAUAAUGUUGACUCCUCAGUGUCCCUGAAAUAAUAACCUGACACACACAUACACACACUGGACUCACGAACACACACACACAUACUGGACAAAAACACACACACACACACUGGACUCACACACACACACACACACACUGGACUCACACACACCCACACACACUGGACUCACACACACACACACUGGACUCACACACACACACACACACUCACUCACACACACUGAACACACACUGGACUCACACACACACACACACACACACACACACACACUGGACCGACACACACACCCUGAACACACACACAUAAACACACACUGGAAACACACACACACUGGACAAACACACACACUGGGCAAAGACACACACACACACACACUGGGCAAAGACACACACACACACACACACACACACUGGACAAACACACACACACAAUUGGACACACACACACACACACUGAACACACACUGGACUCACACAUACACACACACACUGGACUCACACACACACACUUCACUCACACACACACACUGGACUCACACACACACACACACACACACACACACACACUGGACUCACUCACACACACACACACACACACACACACACUGGACCGACACACACACCCUGAACACACACACACACACUGGACACACUCACAUAAACACACACUGGAAACACACACACACUGGACGCACACUCACAUUUCACACACACACACUGGACAAACACACACACACUGGACAGACACACACACUGGACACACACACACUGGACACACACACACUGAACACACACACACUGAACACACACACAAUGGGCAAAGACACACACACACACACACUGGACAAACACACAAACACACACACUAGACACAAACAAACACACACACGCUAGACACACACACACACACUGGACAGACACACACACACACACUGGACAGACACACACACACACACUGGACAGACACACACACACACACACUGGACAGACACACACACACACAAUUGGACACACACACACACUGGACAAAAACACACACACACACACUGGACACAAACACACACACUGAACACACACACACUGGGCAAAGACACACACACACACACUGGACAAGCACACAAACACAGACACACACACACUGAACACACACACACGCUAGACACAUACACACACACACUGCACACAAACACACACACACACUGAACACACACACACACACACUGGACACAAACACACACACACUGAACACACACACACUGGGCAACGACACACACACACACAAUUGGACACACACACACACUGGACUCACACACACACUGAACACACACACACACACACACACACACGAACACACACACACACUGAACACACACACACACACAAACACGCUGAACACACACACACACACUUGACACACACACUAGACACACACACACACUGAACACACACACACACACACUGAACACACACACACACACACACACACACACACACACACACACACACACACACACACACACUGAACACACACACACACACACUGAACACACACACAUGCUGGACAAACACACACACUGGACUCACAAACACACACACACAUACUGGACAAACACACACACUGGACAAAAACACACACACACACACACACUGGACAAACACACACACUGGACACAAACAAACACACACACGCUAGACACACACACACACACACACUGGACAAACACACACACACACACACGCUAGACACACACACACACACACUGGACAGACACACACACACACACACUGGACAGACACACACACACACACUGGACAGACACGCACACACACACUGGAUAGAGACACACACACUGGACAAACACAUACACACUGAACACACACACACUGGGCAAAGACACACACACACACACACAAUUGGACACACACACACACUGGACAAACACACAAACACAGACCCACACACACUGAACACAGACACACACACACUGGACAAAAACACACACACACUGGACAAACACACACACACACACACACACACUGGACACAAACACACACACUGAACAUACACACACUGGGCAAAGACACACAUGCUAGACACACACACACACACACUGGACAAGCACACAAACACAGACACACACACACUGAACACACACACACGCUACACACACACACACACACACACUGGACACAAACACACACACACACUGAACACACACACACACACACUGGACACAAACACACACACACUGAACACACACACACACACACACACUGGGCAACGACACACACACACACAAUUGGACACACACACACACACUGAACACACACACACUAGACACACACACACACUAGACACACACACACACACUGAACACACACACACACUAGACACUGGACACACACACACACACACACACUGAACACACACACACACACACACACACUGAACACACACACACACACUAGACACACACACACACACACACACACACACUGAACACACACACACACACACUAGACACACACACACACACACUGAACACACACACACACACUGAACACACACACACACACACACACACACACACACACACUGAACACACACACACACACACAUUGACACACACACACACUGAACACACACACACACACACACACACACAACACACACACACACACACACUGGACAAACACACACACUGGACUCACAAACACACACACACAUACUGGACAAAAACACACACACACAUACUGGACAAAAACACACACACACACACACACACACACUGAACACACAGACACACACACACACACACACACACUGAACACACACACACACACUAGACACACACACACACACACUGAACAAACACACACACACUAGACACACACACACACACACACUGAACACACACACACACACUGAACACACACACACACACACACACACUGAACACACACACACACACUUGACACACACACACACACACUGGACAAACACACACACUGGACUCACAAACACAAACACACACACUGGACAAACACACACACUCUUCUUCCUAAAAUUGUGACCUUGACCCAGGACCUCUUACAAUAACAUGUAUUUUAUGUUGAAUAACAAAUUGUACAAUUAUAUACAAUUAUAUAUGGACAUACGCUCCAUAGUUGUACAAGUAUACAAGGAUAUAUUGUACUUUUCAUAAUAAAACAUACUUGAAACAAGAAAA